UGGAAGCUCCGGCCGCGGAGUGAUGGUGGCGGCAGAGAAGAUGGGCCGGGCAGGGACCAUGGCAGAGGUGGCAGGGGCGGGGCGCCUGGCAAUAGAGGAGGCUGUGGUCUACAUGGGGCUGUAGGUGGAGGCAUGGCUCAGGCCAGCAGCGGGAACGGCAGCGAGGAAGCCUGGGGGGCACUUCGGGUGCCGCAACAGCAGAGUCGGGCAGCGUCUUCUCUUGAGGGAGCAAUUUGGAGAAGAGCUGGAACCCAGACUCACGCCCUGGAUGCCAUCGUUUAUCAUCCACAGCAGUCCCAUCUGCUUCGAGAGCUGUGCCCAGGAGUGAACAACCAGCCCUACCUCUGUGAGAGUGGUCACUGCUGCGGGGAGACAGGCUGCUGCACCUACUACUAUGAGCUCUGGUGGUUCUGGCUGCUCUGGACUGUCCUCAUCCUCUUUAGCUGCUGUUGCGCCUUCCGUCAUCGACGAGCUAAACUCCGGCUGCAGCAACAGCAGCGGCAGCGUGAGAUCAACUUGUUGGCCUACCAUGGGGCAUGCCAUGGGGCUGGCCCUGUCCCUUCCGGUUCACUGCUUGACCUUCGCCUUCUCAGCGCCUUCAAACCCCCUGCCUACGAGGAUGUGGUUCACCGCCCUGGCACACCACCGCCUCCUUACACUGCAGCCUCAGGCUGCCCCUUGACUGCUUCCAGUGAACGUACCUGCUGCUCCUCUGCUUCUAGCUGCCCUACCCACUGCGAGGGAACAAAUGUGGAAGGUGUUUCCUCCCACCAGAGUGCCCCCCCUCAUCAAGAGGAUGAGCCUGGGGCAGGGGUGAGCCCCGCCCCUACGCCCCCAUCCUGCCGUUAUCGCCGCCUGACUGGUGACUCAGGUAUUGAGCUCUGCCCUUGUCCUGACUCCAGUGAGGGCGAGCCAAUCAAGGAAGCUAGGGCUAGUGCCACUCCACCAGAUUUGGAGGACCCUUGUGUGCUGCCCCUUGAUCCUGUGCCCCAGGUCUCUCCUGUGGGGCUAGCUUCCAGUGAAGGGGACAUCCCAUAAUCAGUUUGGGGAGGGUGGGUGGAUUACUUGCCCACCAGAAACAGCCCUGGCCCCAACUCCUCUGAGUUCUCCUUGGCCUUUCCCUGCCUCCUCGAAUCUGCCUGAAAGGGGUGGAAUCCUGAGGAGAGUGGCUGUGUUUGGGGGACUGUGCUAGCUCUACCCCCUAAAACAUACACAGAAGCCUUUGAUCUCAUUAAAGAGAUGUGAACCA